AUGGCACUCCCAUUGGCACUGAUUUCAUGCCAGGCUGUGAGGUUCCAGGCAGAAUUACUAUCACGAAGUGCAUCACCUAUCAAUUCGAAAACGAGGAGUGGAUUGGGACAGAAUCGCCUGACUGGUGCGGAAUCUUUUGACAUUAUCGAAGCAAGGGAUGACAUGAGUACCACUUUUGCCCAAGAGGAAAUUUGGAAUCAAAAAACGAAGGGGAGUUUCACAACGUACCCUUGGGGAACGCUCCGUUCCCCGGAAAGGCCUUCCGCGAGGGGGUCGCCCCACAAGGUCGUGCGUGACUCCACCGCUCCUCCUUCCCACGGCCUAGACUGGUCAUGUUAUCCUCUUUCUAUUUUUGACUCUCAUCUUGCCAUGUCAUCUUCCCUUGAGGCAAUCCUUGAAUCUGACUUGACCCCCGGCAGGAAUCAGGUCACAACAGACCGGCACGCUUCUACAGGCAACAUCCCGGAAGGCAUCAUGGAGGAAUACCUUGUAACAACAAUCAGGACAAUGGCUGGGGUGCAAUACAUUUUCAUCACCACAGCAAGAGUCUGUCUGAAAAGUAGUUGUGAUAGACACACCUCUAUUCCAAGAAAUGGACAGGCUAUUGAGGACAUUGAUGGCAUACGAAGCGCCCAAAGACUGGGCUUUGUCUGUGAUGAGGGGGAGACAGAUGAAGAAGGGAAAGUUCACUUCACCGAUUUUGAUGGUACCCACCGAAGCUAUGAUCCUCAGGGAUGUCCAGUAUCAAUCUUGGAGCGCGGCUCCAGGGCCAUUGUCAAAAUAUAUCUAGAUGAGAAGUGGACACUCUUUAGAGAAAGCGACUUGACUGACUUGCCAUUUGAGGAAGCCAGGAGUAGGGCCAAAACACUCUUCAGGGAGGCCGUAAUCUCAAUGAUUGCAGCUUUCGGGAGUUGA